AUGGUGUGGCGUAUAUUGGGAGGGAUUGCCACCUCUCUCCUCUUUUCAGCCUUCGAAUCAUGGCUUGUUGCUGAACACAACAAGGCAAUAUUUCUUGGGAAUGGACUGGUUGCCAUUUUAGCUGGUUUAUUUGGAAAUCUUUUAGUUGGUUCAUUGGCCAUGGGACCUGUUGCUCCAUUUGAUGCAACUUCAAUCUUUCUUGCCAUUGGAAUGGCCAUCAUCAUAUCAUCAUGGACUGAAAAUUAUGGUGACUCAUCAGAAAGCAAAGAUCUAAUGACCCAAUUCAGGGGUGCUGCUAUUGCAAUUGCAUCAGAUGAAAAGAUAGCAUUAUUGGGUGCAAUACAAUCUUUAUUCGAGGGUUCAAUGUACACUUUUGUGUUUCUAUGGACACCUGCUUUAAGCCCAAAUGGUGAAGACAUUCCACAUGGUUUCAUUUUUGCUACUUUCAUGUUAUCUUCCAUGUUAGGAAGCUCUUUAGCUUCUCGGUUAUUAGCACACACACUGACAUACAUUGAUAUUGUGUUGUGUUGUGUUCACACACUGUUAAAAGGAUUGGAAAAGAUAAUUGCAAGUGCAGAUAUUCCAAUGUUCGUCUGUGGUGACUUCAAUUCAGUUCCAAGAAGGGUGCGAAGAGACCUACUUGGUCUUAAAUUGGGAAAAUGCCACUUUAUGGUUACAGAGAGGAUUUUGUUAGGACACAAGCAAGCAGAAUGUGAAGCCAUGACUGAUUCGAUGGGUGCUUUUACUUCAAUAAUUUGA